AUGGCCUGCUUGAAGUUCCUGCAGAAGGCUUGGUCAACGACAUUAUCGAAAGGAGGCCACGACACCAAUGUGCUCUCUUCGUUACGUCUAAUCGAAGCCAGACCUAAAUACCUGGAAGGUGUAUUUACGAUCGACCAGAAGCAUCUCAACAACCAUGGCACAAUACAUGGAGGUGUGAUCUUAUCAUUGACAGACACCCUGACUUCCCUGUCACUCUCCACCCUUGGAUAUCCUCCUCCAACAGGCGUCUCAGUGAACAUCUCAACAGAGUUCGUCCGACCUGGAGGGACCGUAAACUCCGAAUUGGUAUGUAUAGGUACAGUUGAGCAAUGCGGGAGGAAUCUCGCUUAUACGCGAUGCGAAUUCUAUACGCCUCCCGAGAAAGGGGAUAAGCUAGUGGCGUAUGGGAGUCAGACGAAAUUCAUGGGUGGGUGGAGUAAAGUAACGCAGUUUAGUGAAGAUGGAACGGAAGAGUUGGAGCUGGGAAAUGGUACAGCUAAGCUUUAG